GCUUUUUUAUUCUAAACAAAGAAAGAAGAACUAAUAUCCAUUUUAUUCCAAAUUUCCUUGUCAAUUAUGGCGGACAUACGUGAUGAACAUGGAAAUCCAAUUCAGCUGACUGACCAAUAUGGUCACCCGGUGAAGCUGACCGAUGAGCACGGCAACCCCAUGCACAUUACUGGCGUUGCAACCACUGCUGGCUCUACUGCUCCAACAAGUUUUCCGACCAGCACUACUGGUGCUACCACAGUUGGUGAAAAAUUGCAACACACUACUGCUGGCUAUGGUGCUCCGACAACUGGUGAAAGGUUGCAACACACUGCUGGAUACGGUGCUCCGACAACUGGUGAAAGGUUGCAACACACUGCUGGAUAUGGUGCUCCGACAACUGGUGAAAGGUUGCAACACACUGCUGGAUAUGGUGCUCCGACAACUGGAGAAAAGUUACAACACAUUGCUGGAUAUGGUGCUCCGACAACUGGUGAAAAGUUACAACACACUGCUGGCUUAGGUGGCUUAGGUGCUGGUGUUGGUGUUGGUGCUGGUGCUGCGACAAUUGGUGAAAGAUUGCACCAGCAAACACACUCGGAGAAGCAGCAGCAACAGCAAAAGCAGGAGCUUCACCGCUCAAGCAGUUCAAGCUCUAGCUCUUCUGAGGAUGAUGGACAAGGUGGGCGGAGGAAGAAAGGGCUGAAAGAGAAGAUAAAAGACAAAUUAACAGGUGGGAAGCAUAAGGAGGAGCCACAUCAACACACUACUACUACUACUGGAACGACUACGACUACUAGUGCCAUGUCCACCAGUACUGCUCCAGAGCACCAUGAGAAGAAGGGCAUGAUGGAGAAAAUCAAAGAGAAGUUGCCUGGUCAUCACAAUCAUCACUAGAGGCAAUAAAUAGUUAAUUGGAAUGAUGAAACAAGAAUGUUACGUUGUAUUUGUGUUGGAACACUUAUAUUAGUGUAGUUGCUUGUGGGUAUAUGCUGUAGCAUUUGCUUGGUUGAUCGUAGAGUAGUACUGUAAGUUUAAGAACAAAGAUUGAAGUGUGUUUUUUCUUUUCCCUA